CACAUGCUCUGAAACUAAAUAACACUCUCACUCAACUUAAUCUUUGACACAACUAAAUAUCCGAUAGAGGAGGUGAAGCACUAGGAGAAGCACUGAAAGUAAACAACACUCUCACUGAGCUUAAUCUGUGGGGCAACCAAAUAUCCGGUAGAGGAGGUGAAGCACUAGGAGAAGCACUGAAAGUAAACAAUACUCUCAUCCAACUUAAUCUUGCAUGGAAUCGAAUAUCCGAAAUAGGAGGUGAAGCACUAGGAGAAGCGCUGAAAGUAAACAACACUCUCACUCAACUUGAUCUUAGACACAACGAAAUACCGGAUAGAGGAGUUGAAGCACUAGGAGAAGCACUGAAAGUAAACAACACUCUCACUCAACUUAAUCUUGCAGAGAACCAAAUAUCCGAUAGAGGAGGCGAAGCACUAGGAGAAGCACUGAAACUAAACAACACUCUCACUCAACUUAAUCUUGGACACAACAAAAUUUCCGGUAGAGGAGGUGAAGCACUAGGAGAAGCACUGAAAGUAAACAACACUCUCACUCAACUUGAUCUUGCAUGGAAUCUAAUACCCGAUAUAGGAGGUGAAGCACUAGGAGAAGCGCUGAAAGUAAACAACACUCUCACUCAACUUGAUCUUGGACACAACAAAAUUUCCGGUAGAGGAGGUGAAGCACUAGGAAAAGCACUGAAAGUGAACAACACUCUCACUGAGCUUAAUCUGUGGUGCAACCAAAUAUCCGAUAGUGGAGGUGCAGCACUAGCAGAAGCACUGAAAGUAAACAACAUUCUCACUGAACUUGAUCUUGGACACAACCAAAUAUCCGGUAGAGGUGGUGAAGCACUAGGAGAAGCACUGAAAGUGAACAACACUCUCACUGAGCUUAAUCUGUGGGGCAACCAGAUAUCCGAUAGAGGAGGUGCAGCACUAGGAGAAGCACUGAAAGUAAACAACACUCUCACUCAACUUAAUCUUAGACACAACCAAAUAUCCGGUAGAGGAGUUGAAGCACUAGGAGAAGCACUGAAAGUAAAUAACACUCUCACUCAACUUACUCUUACCUAAUAUCCGGUAAAAGGGUGAAGCAAUGCGAGAGUCGUUGCAAAAAGAUGGAAUAGUCGUUCUCUAGUAUGCUUCGGAGGCAGCGUGAUUUUGUUUUUUUGUGGAAGUUUUCCUGUUUCUUUGUGUGUUGUUAUGUGCGAUUGUGGUCUAUGUUUCUUGAAUUGUUUCUUGAAUGGGUGGAAGCGUUGACGACAUACUGGAGUUAUACGAGCUAGACCGACCUGCCUACAUUCAGGAUGAGACUCCAAUGAGAAUUAGUGCAUUUAUUCAGUUCGUGGGAUGGAGCUAUGAUCUCGAAAGCUAGAUCAGAGUUGAUGAGCUCUGGAUCGCGGACUAAUGAUGUUGUUCAGUGGCCAUGAGUAAUGCAGAAGACGGAAUGUGGAGUCUUAAAACCGACUUUUAAGUAAAGGUUUUUCAAGUCUUUUCUGUCUUUAUAAGCGUCGGUAAGGUUGAGCGCAACUUUUGGAAAUAGAUUUAUUGCCGGGCGAGUCCCUAUUACCGCAUUAUAUGUUAGUAUUACAGAAGCAUAUUCGUUGCUUAUAAAACAUAGAAUGUCGGUAACGUUGGUAUUUAAAAACGCAAUUGUAGCUGUUUUUAACAUUAUUGCUGUGAAUGUUUCUACAAUAACAAGGAUGAUAAUAUUGAUUGUGUUGAUGAGCGUUCGGUCGACACGGGAUUUCCAUACAACUAAUAAGAACCGGUGCUAAUUCUGGUGCAGUUGUAUCAUAAACGUUAUUGAAAGAACAUACGAGUCCAUUUCGCUUUUGGUGACUAUCGCGUACGACGACACAUGCACAGUUUUUUCCUGGAAUCAAAUAAUAAUGUUUCCAAAAGGAAAUGAAAAUUGCAUAUAAUUUAUCAUCACAAUUUAUAUUUAAUGAGCUGUUUGGAGAAAAAUAAAACUUUCGAUAUUUUUUCGGUUUUUCGGAAUGAAUGAACUUUUUACUGAAAUUUUGUUUUUCUCCAAACAGCUUCAUAUACACAUCAAUGGGUGUAGUUUUUGAUGUUGAUUCCGAAUAUUACCUCUAUUUUGAUUUAAAACCAGUUUUAGGCUGUGACAACUGGAUAAAACUGGAAAAAUGUUGGAAAAUUAGCGUCAGUGGCGCAUAUUGUUACAAACAAUAUGGCCAGCAGUCAGGUCAUACGCACCACAUAUGUCAGCUAGUUAGUCCUUCUCUUUAGCUCGAACUAGACACAAAUUGUGUCAUUGGGAGAUCUGGACGAGCUUUAUUCUUAAGUUCUUCAGUAUAGAGAGAAUGAACAACACUUUACUGAUGUAAACCAUCAGCGAAAUUGUUUAUCAUGAUAUUUUUGUAUUACUUUAAGACCAGUCACGGAAAUCACCAUACUUUAGCCUUCAUAGCGGCAGGAAACGCCUCUGGAUCUUGUGGCGAUAAGUGUCAGCAAUCGCUCUUUAGCAUCUUUAAUAUCUAAAUCAUCUGGAACCUUCGAUACGGACGUUCAUCUUAUGCUUAAUUUUUCAUUAAGAACCAAAAUUGAACAGCUCAAAAUCGCCACUGAAGCAAUAAUUAAACAAGCCGCAUUCUCAUUAUCUGCUACCGUGUGAAUCUACGUAUUACUCUGACUUAAGGAACCAUAAUCGAAAACAAUUACGGCCAUUUGUAUUUUAUGAAGAGGUGAGAUGUUUUGAAUUGGAAGAUAGAACACAAAUAUAGACACACAAAUAUAGACAUUCUUAACUUCAUAAACAUUCAAAAACAGCAGUAUAGCUUUUAUAAAAAGACAUCAACACUAGUUCAAUCUUUUGUAUACAAAUACUUUAAUUUGCCACCUUAAAUAUACUUCUUUCUUUUUUUUGUUUGUAUUUGUUUAACAACAGAAGUUUUUAAUUUCUGUCUAGCUUACAUUUUUCAACUUCUUGAUGUGUGCAUGAUUCAAGAUAAAAUUGAAAUUCUUAUUGCUUAAUCUUGUCUUAAAUCCUUCCACCCAUCUUUUUUAUCGUGUUAUGUGUAUUUUAUAUGACUCUUUUUUUUGUUAACCUUUUCCAAGGAACAAUAAACUAUCUCAAUGUUAAAACAAAAAAAAACUUAUGCUGUUGAUGGAAAGUGUUCGGAGAUAAAGUCACACGUGGAUUUGCUGAUGCGUUGAAAGUUCAGAUCUCUAUCGGAUAUUUGGCUCACUGCAAGAUCAAGUUGAGUGAGAGUGUUGUUUACUUUCAGAUCGUUUGCAAGUAGGCAAACAGCCGUGGCUUGUUCAAAAGAAUUACCAACCGUCGUGUUCUGGUGGUUGCUGAGUUCCAUAAUCAGUCUUAGUGACUAUCACUAGGGUAGGCGAACCCGCAGUUUCAUGAUUCUGUUUCAUAUUUGAUCAAGAGGCGAAAUUGAUUUAAACGCUUUUUGUUUAAAACCAUUCAAAUUCAUGGAUGUUCCAAAACUUUUUACAUUAUUUGGCAUUUCUAAUAUGAAACAGAUAGAGCAUGUGCAUGUAUGUUGAUGGUUAGCUGUUUUUCAUUACACAUAUUUCGAUUUUGAAUUUGAAUUCGUGUUUUAAUACAUGAUGUUGGUGAAAAUUCAUUUCGACAUUGGAAUGAUAAAUUAUAUGCAAUUUUCAUUUCCUUUUAGAAACAUUAUUAUUUGAUACCAGGAAAAAACUGUGCAUGUAUCGUCGUACGCGAUAGUCACCAAAAGCGAAAUUCAAGAAUCAAAACAAGAACAAAAUUCAAGAAUCCAAAAUCUUCACUUCUUGGUGUUUUCUCCAAGACCUUGGACAAUAUCUUUGGUACGAAUAUUACUUUCCCAUAGAAGUUUGUUUUCGCCAUUUUAUUCGGAAAUUUUCCUAAACUUUUGACAAUAAGUCUUGCUAAAAAUAAAAUCUUCUGAGUUAUCGAGUGUACUGAAUACGAAGCAG